ACGAAAUUGUGUUGGAGUCUCAUGAAAUAUAAACUUGUCUUCCUAUGACGACGAGAACUCCACACCAGUCAACCAUGUUUCUAUGCUAACAAAUCCUAACGCACGUCGACCUCAGAUGUAGCCCUACCUCUCGUCCAACCAACCGAGCAGACGUCAAGCGUUCGUUUCAUUCAGGCAAAGGCCACUUGCGCGGGUCUGCUUGUAUGGUAGUCUUUGCAAAACGGGCGUACAGUUUACUCGCAAUGGCUAAAUAUCUCGUGGAUUACCAGGCACCGGUAUGGGCACAGAAGCUAAAAAAUGUUCCAAAGCAUAAGGUGGAGCUUGCCAUGGAGAACACCCCCAUCCACGAAUGGAAGCUCCCAGAGAUACCCGAUGGCUUCAGUCUUCACAUCAAGCGACAUGACAUGACGGGCAGUUCAUUGUCAGGCAACAAGGUCGGCAAACUGGAAUUCCUCCUUGCAGAUGCGAUCGCAAAGGGACGCAAGCACGUGAUCACGUGCGGUGGGGCACCAUCCAAUCACUGUCGAGCUUUGGCUUUAGCUUGCAGACAACUCGGACUUAUUCCUCAUCUGUUUCUAACUUCCUGUGCGAAGACUGCGAACGAUGUGGGUUGCCGUGGCAACAUUCUGCUGGACCGCUUGUCUGGAGCUGACAUCUACAUGAUGCCGCUAGGAUCAGAUGACGAGACGGACGUCCAUCCCAGAAUGGAAGCUUUAGCCGAAAAGAUUUUAAAGGAAACAGGGGAGAAAUCCUACCUCAUCCCAAAGGGCGGUUCCAAUCUCAUGGGCGUGUUUGGCACCAUGGCAAUAUUUGAUGAGCUGUCCAGACAGGGCGCCGUGGACAGAUUUGAUGACCUGUUCCUGACGUGCGGCAGUGGUGGGACCACCACGGGGCUGUGUAUUGCCAACUACCUGGCUGGGUCACCACUGAAGAUUCACGGCGUAAUGGUGCACAGCACUCCAGAGGACGCCCAUCGACACGUGAACGAAACGCUGCGUCAGCUGGGGGUCGAGGACGCCAGGUCGGAGGACAUCGUCGACGUCAUCGACACCUACCAGGGGGAGGGCUACUCCAUCUCCAAACAGGAGGAACUAGAUUUCAUAGUGGAGGUGAGCAGUACGACGGGGGUGUUGGUUGACCCCACCUACACUGGCAAGGCCGCCUGGGGGCUUGUACAGGAGAUGAAAAACAACCCCACCCGCUUCAAGGGACGGAGGGUCCUCUUUCUACACACAGGUGGGAUGUUCGGGCUGUUUGACGGUCGAAUGGAUGACAUGUUAGUGCAACCUGGAGCGUUGACGAACCACGUGACAAUGUGCCCUAAAAACCCCGACCAGACGCAGAAUGGGUCACACUGACCGGGCAAUGGUGAUACCGAGAGGAGCUCCUCACCCUACACGUCACAUUGGGGUGACAAUGAAAUCUGCUGAUGAGUUUUGUAGUUGUUUACGCUUAGGUUUAGUUGCAUCUAGCUGAGCCCGCAGCGCUCGAAGAUAGACAUGCUAGAAUAUAGAUGAGUCCUCCUUCCCCAGGACCAAAUACAAAUCUAUUACUAUCUGGAAGCGCACGUAAUAUAUCCAACUCAUCAAUGUGUCCCGAUUGUAGAGGGCAGAGCAUGAGUUCUCAGUAGAACAAGUAGGUAUAUGGAUGACAACUUCUUUUAUUCUAGAGCACGACGUUUCGAUACAGAUUCUUGUAU